GGUGAAGGAGCCAGUGCCAGAGAGGGAGCCUGCAGCAGGGAGAGGCGGGGAAGGACCGCUCAUCCCUUGGGUACUGCAGCCAUCCAGCCAGAGGGGCAGGGAAACCCAUUCCCAGGGAAGAGGGCUCUGCACAGGGCAGGGACCCAGUGGGUUCUGAGCCGAGCCUGCAGCUCCUGUGUCAUCCUCCUCCUUCUCCUCCUCCUCCUCCUUCUCCUCCUCCUCCAGCUGCACGCUGAGGGACCAUGCCGGGCCUCUAUGCCCUCUCCUCCUGGGAGGCUCUACCCCUGAAGAGCUCCACAGUGAAGGCUUGUGCCAACGGAUACACCCUGAGCAUCACUGCUCACCUCAUGUACACCAACCCCCACGAGGAGCCUGUGGAAGGCAUCUUCAUCUACCCGCUGGAGGAGUCGGAGGUGGUGGCCAGCUUUGAGGCAGCGGUGGGCAGCCGGCGGGUGACAUUCCAGGUCCAGAACCGGCACCGGGCACAGGACUGCUGCCUCCAGUGCAGCCCCAGCCCCGGCCGGCCGUGCCGCUGUGCCAGCGGCCACAUUGUCCUGGAUGAAGAUGCAGAGCGCUCCACCUUCAUCAUCGGCACCGGCACACUCUGCCCAUUGGAGAGCCUGGCUGUCACCCUGAGCACAGCGCAGGAGCUGCCCACACUGCCAGACGGGGCCCUGCGCCUCCUCCUGCCUCCCAUCCUCACGCCCCGUGUCCCCGCUGACCCCGAAAGCGAGCCGGCAAGCUUGUGUGACGACAGCCCCACCAGCUGUUUCGGGGGGCCAGGUGCCCGGAGCCAGACACCCACCAAGGCACCCGUGGAGAGCAUGGAUGUCUUUCGGGGACGACCCUACAACCCUUUUCCUUAUGAGUUUGCCUUCGAGCUGCUGGUGAAGGGCCCCUGCUUGCUGGCAGGGCUGGAGAGCCCAUCCCAUGCCCUGAGAGCUGACGCAGAUCCCUGGGCCAGUUCUGCCACCACCACCUGCGUCACCCUGGCUGAGCCCCACCGCUACGAUAGUGACCUGGAGAUCAUCCUCUACCCUUGUGAGCCCCAUCACCCCCACCUGGUGAUUGAGGACGGCACCAUGACAUACCCCGAGUACGAGGCACACAUCCGGAGCCGCCGGGAUUACGUGCGGAUUGCCAGGAAAGACAGCAGUGGCGAGAGACAGGUGGCUUUUGUGCAGAGGCGUUUCCACAAAGACAUCUUCCCCAACCCUGUGCUGAUGCUGAACUUCUGCCCGGUGGUGGAGACCAUCCCUGGGGACCUGCAGAGUGUCACCCGUGAGAUCCUCUUCCUCGUCGACUGCAGCAGCUCCAUGAGCAGCCCAGACCUUGAAAAGGUCAAGGAGGCUUUGCUGGUGGCUCUGAAGAGCCUCCCAUCAGGGACACUGCUCAACAUUGCCGGCUUUGGUGCUGAUGUCAAGCCGCUCUUCCCCUCCAGUCGCCUCUGCAGCAACGAGACCCUGCGCCGUGCCUGUGAGCACCUUGGUGGGCUGCGGGCAGACCCCGGCAGCACCAACCUGCUGGCAGCCCUGGGCUGGGCGCUGGUACAGCCCCUCCACCAUGGAUACCCUCGCCAGCUCUUCCUCUUCACUGGCACAGCGGUGGGCAAUGCAGGCAGGAUCCUCCGGCUGGUGCGCAGACAGGCCAGCACUGUCAGGUGCUUCAGCUUUGGCAUGGGCCCCCGGGUGUGCCAGCAGCUGCUGAAGGGCAUGGCCAGAGUGAGCCGGGGCCGUGCUGAGUUCCUGAGCCCGGCCGAGAGGCUGCAGCCCAAGCUGAUCAAGUCCCUGAAGAAGGCGAUCGAGCCGGCUGUCAGCGACAUCACCAUCGACUGGUACGUCCCUGACAGCAUGGAGGCUCUGCUCUCCCCCACUGAGCUCCCAGCCCUCUACCCUGGCGACCGCCUCGUCAGCUACUGCGUCCUCUACAGCAUCGCCCGCUUUGGCAACAGGCACCAUCCGGGCCGGGAAGGGGCAUGCCAGGGCUCCCGGGGCUCAGCCUUUCCCUCCCAGGAGGAGGUGCCCAGUCCUGGGGAGAGCCGCCAGCCACCCCAGAGCAACCCAGGAUCUGGGGAUGCCUCCCUGGAACUUUUUGCUGGGAGUACAGAGGUGUCAGAGCGGAGUAUGGAUCCCGUAUCAGGGGGAGACAUCUGGAAGCGGAUUUACCAACCCUCCUACAUCCAGGAGCAGUAUGUCCUGACACACUGCUCUGUCAGCACUGACCACAGCCGGGGGCUGCUCUCCCGCAGCUCCACCAGCAGCGAGUCCACUGGCUCUCGGGAUGUAGCCCCCGAGGGAGGCUCCUUGGCCCCUGGUGCGGAUGUCACCUCCCAGCAGGGCCAGAAGAGCCUGUCCCUCUGUGAAUCCUCCACCAAAUCUGCCCCACUGCCCUCCGCCCCGGCUGGCACCAAGGUGACAGUGGCCCUGAGCACGGAGGAGCUGGCGCGACAGAAGAAGGUGCUGGCACGUGCCGCCCUGGCUGGACGCAGCUUUUCCACACCACACGGAGAGCUGGACACCCACCAGCUGUGCCGGGCCCUGGAGAAGGUGUCGCAGAAGAGGAACCAGUCCCUGGAGGGGCAGCUGGAUGAGCUGGGACCCCAGGCACGGCAAACACAGCCCAAUGCAGUGGAGUCAAAUAACCUCCUCUCACCCACACCCCUGGACUGGGACAUGCUGGUGGAGCCCUCCUACCUCUUCAGCACCUCACCAGCACCUGAGCCGAGGCAGCCCAGUCUGGGUGAUGCCAGCCUGCCCCUGCGCUGCCAGGUGGUGAUCCACGGACUACGAGCUGGCAAACCUGUGUCCUGGGAAGUGACAGCCUCACUGGAGUCACUGCUGCACGGGCUGGGCAGGGAGGACCCACUGCGCCGGGGGGGCAAGGCCUGGGACAAGCCAGUGCACCGCUUGGCAGCGCGCUCCGUCAUCCGGGACAAUGAGAGCGCGGCACAGCGGGAAGCUGAGCUGGAGCAGGGUUUCGCCCGCCGGUUUCGCCUGAAAGCUGUGCAAACCAGCAAAGCCUGCAACGUGCCUUCCCUCUACACCCGCCUGGUGCCUGUGGACGGUGCCACACAGGCUGCCCUGCCUGCAGCCCCUGAGGUGUGGAGCACAGCUGGCUCAGCCAACCGGACACGAGCUGCUGCAGCAGGGAGCUGGCACCACCGCAGCUCUUCAGCGGGGCAGGGCCAGCAGCAGGAUGCAGAAGAGCAGGAUGAGGGCCCUGGCACUGCAGAGCGAGAUGGGACCCCCAGGACUCCAGCCAGCAUCUCCUCCCCCACCUAUGGCUGGGAAAAGCGAAACUGCUCAAACGGGCCUCCAUCCAGCCCCUCCACCACCUCCAUGGGCUCCCAGAAAUCCACAGAGAGCAUCGCUGGCUCCAGGUUUAGCCUGAGCAGGCGCAGGGGUCCCAGCCUGGUGCUGCGCCCGCAGUGCCUCAGCCCGGAAAGCGAGCGCUCCAGCAACCAUGCGAUCCAUGACUACCUCCCACUGGUGCAGCUUCAACAAGCCAGGGGGCCAUUCCAGCUCACAGAGAGCUUCUCGGAAGUGGUGCAGAUCCCUCUGGACCGCCUGCGCCGGGCCUCCCCCUACACCUCCCACCGUGCCAGCCUCAGCCCCGUGUCCCCAGGGGCCAGGAGCAGCCCCGAGGCAGGGCCUGCUGGCGAGGAGGGUGAGGAGCCCACCACAGACCCUCAGCCCAGCUCGCCCCCAUCCCGGAGUACUUGCUCCGAGGUGCCCAGUGCAGCCGUGUGGGCACAGGCGGACAGUGGGCACGGCUCCGAGUCCGACACCUGCCCCCACUCAGCUGCCCCCUCCGAGGCUGGUGUGAGCUGUCAGGACAUGGGGCUGGAGGACCUGGAGAGUGCCAGCUGGGCCACAGCGGUGGCCUUGGCAUGGCUGGAGCACCGUUGUGCUGGAUUCUUUGAGGAGUGGGAGCUGGUGGCGGCCAAGGCGGACGCGUGGCUGCAGGCACAGCAGCUGCCCGAGGGGGUGGACGUGGGCUGCCUCAAAGGGGCAGCCAGGCACUUGUUCCUGCUGCUGCGUCACUGGGACGAGAACAUCAAGCUGAACAUGCUGUGCUACAACCCCAACAACGUCUGA